AUGGCGUCCUCGACCAACAUUAAGGUUGUUUGUCGGUUUCGGCCGCCAAAUGCUCUCGAACUGAGAGAGGGCGGCGAUAUCGUAGUCGCCUUCGAUGAGAAUCUCCAGACCGUGCAGAUGAAGAACUCGCAGGCCGUUUCUGGUCCAGAGAAGGAUGGAUUCACGUUCGACAGAGUAUUUCCGAUGGGCACGAAACAGCACGAAGUAUUCGAUUACGAUGUCCUGGAUGGCUACAAUGGCACAGUCUUCGCAUAUGGGCAGACUGGUAGUGGAAAGACAUUCACCAUGAUGGGUGCGGAUAUUGACUCAUCAGAACUCAAGGGAAUUAUACCCCGCAUCACGGAGCAGAUUUUCAAAUCAAUUGUGGAAUCAGACUCUCAUCUUGAAUAUGUGGUCAAGGUCUCAUACUUGGAGAUCUACCUUGAACGCAUACGUGACCUGCUUGCCCCCCAAAAUGACAACCUCCAGGUGCACGAGGAAAAGUCAAGAGGCGUGUAUGUAAAGAACCUUUCGGACUACUACGUUAGCAGUGCUCGUGAGGUCUACGAGAUAAUGAGACAGGGAGGGGCUGCUAGAGUCGUCACUUCGACCAACAUGAACGCUGAAUCUUCGCGGUCGCAUUCGAUUUUUCUUAUCACGAUUCAGCAACGCAAUACCGAAACGGGGGCUCAGAAGAGUGGCAACUUGUACCUCGUCGACCUUGCCGGUUCCGAGAAGGUGGGAAAGACAGGUGCUUCGGGACAAACUCUGGAAGAAGCAAAGAAGAUCAACAAGUCACUCUCUGCUCUUGGCAUGGUCAUUAAUGCUCUAACAGACUCAAAGGUCAAACAUAUCCCGUAUCGCGACUCGAAACUCACCCGUAUACUGCAAGAGUCUCUUGGUGGUAACUCGCGUACGACGUUGAUCAUCAACUGUUCGCCUUCACAAUACAACGAAUCCGAAACUCUGUCAACCCUCCGUUUUGGUAUCCGAGCUAAAUCAAUCAAGAACACUGCUCGCGUCAAUGCGGAGCUCUCUCCAUUAGAACUCAAGGGCCUUCUGUCAAAAGCUCAACUUGCGAACACCAGACAUCUGGCAUAUAUCCAAUCAUUAGAAGCAGAGCUUGCCAUUUGGCGUGCUGGUGGCCAUGUCGAACCGAGCGAAUGGGCUUCCGCUGACAAGCCGAGCACUGGCGCUGCGGCAGCAAAGAGAGCAACAUCAUCCCCGACGCUUUCCACUACCAGAAGCAUGACUCCCGUGAACCCUGUAUUGGAGGGUCUCCGAUCAGAGAUGAUCGAUAGUCGACCGCAGACACCGACGGUUGUGGGCUUGGACAAGGACGAACGGGAAGAAUUCCUCAGGAGAGAGAACGAGUUCAGCGACCAACUUGCAGAGAAAGAGAGCGUAUUGAAUGCCGCAGAGAAGCUUGCCAAGGAACUUCGCGAAGAGUUGGCAUACCUCAAGGAGCAGGAGGCAGCGGCUUCGAAGGAGAACAAAUCGAUGUCUACUCAACUCAACGAGCUCCGCCUGCAAGUAGAGCGUCUGGAUUACGACAACAAGGAGGGCAUCAUAACCAUAGACAUCCUGAAGGAGCAGAAUCAGGAUGCGAAGAGCGAGCUCGAGGAACUCAAGAAAGUCAUCACCGACCUACGCUCGACUCAGAGAGAUGCAUCGGCGGAGGACAAGGAGAAGCGCAAGCAGGAGAAAAUGGCCUUGAUGAUGGCUAAAUUCGAUGCCCAAGGCACAUUCUCCGAGAAAGACGAGCAACUUCGUCAGCUUCUUGCUAAGCUUGAUACUAUCGACACUGCAGGCGCUCUCUUGACAUUGAGCGUCGAUGACGUUGUUGCGGCAAGGAGGCAGCUCACAGAAAGUCAUUCGCUUGUACGCGAGACGGUCGAUCGCCUCAGACAAAGCCAAGAAGAGAAUGAAAUGAUUGCUCGCCGCAGAGAUGAGCUUGAGGCUCGAUUCCAAGCGCUAGAAGCAGAUUAUGAAGAACUUCUCGAGAAAACCGUCCAUGAUGAGGAGACAAGCAAUGCCGAUAUCGUGGAGUCCAUGGCUGAGUUCAAGAACAAGCUCGAGGUGCAAUAUGCAGCCAAACGUGAUGCAAAUAUCAACGAGGUGGUUGAUCUCAAGCAGCAAUUGGAAUUGAAGACAACCGAGAUUCGCACCCUCAAUGCGUCCAUCGACAGCCUGAAGAGCGUGAACGAAGAGCUCAAGCGUGCGUUUGCAGUGACUUCCGCGGGCAUCGAGGGUGGGAAGAAUCUGGCAGAGAGCGCACAGGACCUCGAGCGAACACGGAAGGCAAUUAACGUCCAGUUGGCAGAGUUUGAUGGUGUCAAGAAAUCCCUCGUACGGGAUCUGCAAAAUCGCUGCGAGAAGGUGGUUGAGCUUGAGAUCCAAUUGGAUGAGAUCAAGGAGCAGUACAACAACGUUAUUCGGAACAGCAAUAGCAAAGCACAGCAGAAGAAGAUGGCUUUCCUGGAGCGGAACCUGGAGCAAUUAACGUUAGUCCAGAAACAGCUCGUCGACCAGAACUCGGCGUUGAAAAAGGAGGCCGGAAUUGCUGAACGAAAAUUGCUCGCGCGAAAUGAGCGGAUACAGAAUUUAGAAACUUUGCUGCAGGACGCUGACCGUCGCUUAGCUAUCCAAAACCAGAAGUUUGAAACACAGCUCCAAUCAGUUAAAGAGCGACUGGAGCAAGCACGUGCCCAAAAGACAUCAAGCACACUAAGCUUUGGACGAAUCGCCAAACCACUGCGCGGUGGUGGGGGUUCUAUGCCAGUGGUUGGUUCUGCUGCCACCCCUACAUCGGUUUCGGGCGGUGCGCCCUCGGCAAACCCUUUGGCUCGCAUCCAGAACGAAGACGGAUCGUAA